UUCCUCACACUAUUUUUUACAUAUCUAACAUUUUCCUUCAGAUUUUAAAAAAAAUUUCAAAUUUGUUGCUGCGGAAGUAAUUAAAAUUUCGAUUUCUUCCGCUGCAACUUCAAUUCAAUUUUGAUUGAUUGAUCUUCUUCUAUUCUCAGCAAUAUCAAUUACAAUGGCUCGUUAUUUAUCCAACUGCAAAAAUAUCUCUGCUUUUGUUGUAGACUCUGUUUCUGUAGCUAUCCAGAGGCGUGGAUACGCGGCCACGGCAGCACAGGGUGGUGUUUCUGGUAGUGUAAGAGGUAGUGGGAGUGUUAGAAGCAAUGUGAUGGAAUCAAACAAGACUUCAUGGGUACCAGAUCCUGUUACUGGUUAUUACAGACCAGAAACUCAUGCUAAGGAAAUUGAUGCUGCUGAACUUAGAAACAUGUUGUUGAAGUACAAACCUAGACAAAAUUGAAAAAAAAAAAAGAACAAAUUAGAGGAUCAAGAAUCACGUUUCGAUGAGUAGAGACGAAUUAGGAUUUGGAUAUUGAAGUUCAAUAGUAGAAAUAUUGUAAUUUCUCACAUAUUAUGUUUGUUUUUCGCAUAAGGAAAAUGUUGAAUUCAGUUGAAUACGUUGGACAUGUAUUACAUAUUAGAUUUUCACUUUUUGAUUAAUUCUAAAAAAAAACAAUUAGAAGAUCAAGAAUUACAUUUUGAUGAGUAGAUGAAUUCAGGAUUGAAA